AUGGAGACAAUUGACUCUGAUAAAGCCUUGAUUAUUGGGGGUAACUUUAAUUACACCCAUGAUGCUCGAGACUGCAAUGUACCCAAGAAAAGGGACUCGUCAGAGUCAGUUUUGCGAGUACUAAUUAUUCAUUUCUCCUUGGUUGACAUCUGGAGAGAACAGAACCCAGAAACGGAUGUCUUUACCUAUGUCAGGGAUCCAUUGGUAAAUAAGGCAUCAGAAAAUGUACGUAUUUAUGUAUACAGCUUGAAAAUGAACAAUGACACAGUAACAGAAUUUAUCCUUCUUGGCCUUUCAAAUGAUCCAGUAACCCAAAUCUUGCUUUUUGUGGUUUUCACAACUGUUUAUAUUUUAAUCUUGCUUGGAAACACUCUCAUAAUUUUUUUAACUAUAACAGACCAAUGUCUCCAUACACCAAUGUAUUUUUUUCUUUUUAAUCUCUCUUUACUGGACAUUUUGUAUUCUACAUCACUUCUUCCUCGCAUGUUGAAGGAUUUACUUUCAUUGCAUAAAUCCAUUUCAUUUGGAGAAUUAUUUAUAUCUGUGGUUUUUUUUAUAUCAAUUUCUUAUGUUGCACUUACAUUGAAUGUCAAUCUCUGUGGACAUAACAAAAUAAACCAUUUUAUAUGUGAAGUGCCAGAAAUUAUUUCAUUGGGAUGUGAAAAUAUAUCAGUUGUUGAAUUUGUGAUAUAUUUAGGUGCCAUUGUGAUAUUAUUGACACCAGUAACUUUUAUUGCUAUUUCUUAUAUACAAAUUAUCCUAACAAUCCUAAAUCUUGCUUCUGGUGCUGGAAAACAAAAGGCCUUCUCUACCUGCAGCUCUCACAUUAUGGUGGUUACAAUAUUUUAUGGCUCAGCUAUGGCUGCAUAUGUGAAACCAAAAUCUAGUUCUGUACCUGACAAUGACAAAAUAAUUGCAUUAUUUUACGUGUUUCUAACACCAUUGUUAAAUCCCUUUAUAUAUACGAUCAGAAAUAAAGAUGUUAAAGAGUCUCUUAAGAAGAUGUUAUCGUUGGAACGAUUUUUACUUCGAUCGAUUUACACAAAAUCCUUCUUAUUCGAUAUUCGAAGGAUUUAA